AUGCGCGAUCUGUGUUUCCUUGUUUCGAUGAACCUACAUUUAAGGCAAAGUUUCAACUUCAUCUUGGUCGACCAAGUAAAUAUAAUGCCAAAUGACAGUUAUAUGGAUCACUUUGAUAUCACGCCAAUUAUGUCUACAUAUUUAUUGGCCUUUGUAAUAUCCGAGUACCAAGCUCGAGGCAAUCUCAGUGAAUUUGCUAUUUUAUCUACGCCUGAGAAUUAUAAUUACACAGAGUUUAGUUACAAUGUUGGUGAACGCGUGAUAGCUGCCUACAACGAAUUAUUCCAGAUGCCUUACAAACAACUAGGAAAUGAAAUCCUGCUCUUUGCAACUAAGCCUUGGACUCUCAACAAUAACAACAUGGAGAAUUGGGGCCUUAUAAUUUUUAAAGAAGACAUGCUGAUUCAUAAGCCUGGUUACACUGACAGUCCCAGCCACAAAGAGCUCACUAUUCGAAUGAUUGCACAUGAAAUAGCUCAUAUGUGGUUUGGAAAUAGUGUUACCUUAUCCUGGUGGAGUCAUUUCUGGUUAAAUGAAGGAUUUGCUCGAUUUUACGAGAUCUUUAUGACCGAUCAGAUCUACAACAAUAAAUAUCACAUGGAAGAACAGUUUGUUGUAGAUAAUCUUCAGAGAAUCCUCGAAAAGGAUGCAGUGGCUACUUCAUUGCCCUUAACUUGUCCCGAGAUAGCCAUACAAUCUUCUUAUGUAAUUGACAACGAGUCCAACCUCUUCCCAAAUGACAAGGGUGCUAGCAUCAUUCGAAUGUGGCGAAGUUUAAUGGGAAGCGACAACUUUAACAAAUCUAUCAACAGUUACCUGAAGCAAUAUCAUUUAAAAAACACAAAUCCUAGCGAUUUGUUCGCUCAUCUCAAGCAAAACUGGCCAGCUCAGCCUGAAGUUGAUUUGGAUACGUUCUUUUCAGACUUCACGGAGCAGGUGGGCUACCCAAUGGUCAUUGUGAACAUCACUCAGGAUAACCAAAAAAUAAUCUUACACCAAAAACGUUUUCUAUAUGAUUAUGAAGACGGUAGUGAUGCCACUUUACGUUAUACCAUUCCAAUUACCUUCACAACGAAUCUGGAUCAAAGCUAUUAUAAUCUGACACCUUACACUUACUUCAAAAAGAAUGAGACUACAGUUGAAAUUUCUUUUGAAAAUCCCAUUGAAUGGAUUAUCUUAAACCAAAAGCAAUCCAACUACUAUCGAGUUUUCUACGAUAAACCAAUUCUCACCCAAAUUAAACAAUUUUUCUCCACAUCUAGAAGCCGACGUGUCCCAGCUACGACUAAGGCACAAAUCAUUGAUGAUCUCUUUAACUUUGCAUUCGCUGGAAUGAUCGAUUAUGCAGAUGUCUUCGAAUACUUAGAAUAUUUGAGAUACGAAUUCGAUUAUGUUCCCUGGAGCGCAGCUUACCACGGUAUGGAGAGAGUAGUUCAGCGAUUAACCCCACAACAGCUGCCUUAUUUUGAGAAAUACCUUACAAAUAUUACAACUGGGAUUUUUAAUGAACUAUCAGCAAAAUCAAGCAGCUCUGAUAGCGUGAUGGAUGUCUAUAAUCGAGUCUUGCAUGUAUCAUGGCUGUGUAAACACCAGAAUACCAAUUGUAAUAAGCAAGUGGAACUUCUUUUUCUGGGAAAUCUUGAAAAGCCAUCCCCAGACUAUCGAGAGAUAUUUUAUUGUGCAGUUUCACGAACGGAUGCUCACGCCCGCCUAUGGGACUUAUAUCAUAAUGAAACCGAUUCUGAUGAGAAGAAUCUUCUUUCGCGGGCUAUAAGCUGUUCAAGGGACUAUACAAUAUAUUUCAAACUCGAAUUAUUCCAUUUAUUACGUCAUUCCGAACAGUUCAUCGGUUUGAUAACGAUCUAUCAACAAAAUCCUGAUUUAAUUGAUGCCAUAUUUUCUAUGAUGAGAGAGAACAUUGGGGAACUUGUUGACAGGUAAGAUUUCAAGAAACAC